AUGGACUUUACCGCACUUCGGUCGAUCAGGAGGGGCGAACCUGACAACUCCAGACACUCGGCGGCCGGGGUUGUCAGCAAUGUCAACCCAUGCACGAUCCUCGACAGCACAUGCGGACAGGUUGCCAAGGUCGCACGCGACUCGGCGGCUGCGGUGGUCGCUCUUAUGCGCAAUGCUACCAACCGAGAGCUUUGCCGAGGGUCGGAUGAGGAAGCCACGAACUUAUGGGAGGCCUUCGAUGCCGGAUUGCUGGCGGUUCAAGCGCAGCUCGCUAGGGGCUCCGUCUCGUCCCAGGUUUUCCAGACGCAGCUGCUGUCGACUCUCCGGCGUGGAGACCCCCUACGUUGCGAGGAAAGAGGCACUGGCAGGCGGCGGGGAGGCGAGUGCCCGCCUGUACCUCUGGCGCUGUAUUGGCGCUUGCACAAGCUGGCGCUCUUGCCGCUGUCGCGCCUCCUAGAGGCGAACGAAUCGUUGCUUUCGCCCGAGGAUCUCGGCCGGCAUCGCAGCUGCGAGGACCAGGGAAGAUUCUUCGGGGGAUUUCACGGGGAUUCCUUGGAGGCCAUCGUCGAGGACAUGAGGGCUCUGGCUGCGCGAUCGUCCGGAGACGAAGACAGUAGUGACUCUCGGCGAGGAGAAGCUGCCGCCCUUGUGUCGGAGGUAGCCACGCACCUCUUCGACUUGGCGUACCGGGAGGGUCCUAGUCGCUCCGGAGGGCCGGCGGAUGGAAUAAACACAAUUGGUGCACUUGCGAGCAGGGCUGCUAGGACGGUCCUUGAUCGGCUGUGUUGCGACGCGAAAGUGUUCGGCGCAAACAGCAGAAUGGAAGGGCAAGAGUGGAGAUUGCGUGGUUGUUUGUCGGUACUUGCGGCGAUUUCACCGGUAGCGGCUCAAGCGGUCCCUCGCGGACCAGGUUCAGCCGCGGCUGCCUUGGAGGACAAACCCGCCGGGGCAGCGGCAAGAGACGGCGGCGCGUGUACCGUGACGGGGGUUCCAUUCGGGCAUUUCGUGUCCACGGCCGCGUUUCUCGCCCGGCAGCUGCGGCUGCUGAUGGAAAAUUCUUCAGGACAGAGUGAGCAUGCGCAGGGCGGGGACGCAGGCGUGCUCGAGGCAGUGGAGACGGCUGACGUCCGCGACGGUGCUAUGAGCGGUUUGUUGGCGGCUAUCCUGCGACACUUCCCCUCAGCCCACAUCAUCGAGGCACUGCGAUCGAUCUGUCGCGAAGCCGCCGACAAAGCUGCCGAUGCCACGGGGUGGCGCCUCCACAAGCCUCUUCUGCGUUGGGAGACGUUGGGGCCUGUUGUGCGCGCCGCUGCGACUGCGCACGCCGACGAAGUACCGGCCGCGGUAGCCGACAUUGGGACCGAGCUGGCGGCAGCGGCAGUCAACGCCGUUCCCUCAGGAAACAGUCGGCCGACCGGGUUUAACCAGCAGCAAGGAGUUCUCGUGCUGUCAGCGGCUUUCCGGUUGGUGGCUGAAGCAGACGUGUGUUCGCGGGGCGGCACCGACAAGAGAGCUGCCGAGGGCGGUGGGUUGUACGCCCAGUGGGUCCGAAGCUGCCUUGGUGUUGCCGGCGGCGCUGCGAAAGUGGUCGACCAGGCAGAAGCCAUGCCUGCCCCGCAGGAGGGGACACGGGCGUCGGAGCCGCAUGGGGAACGGCCGCAGCUCUCCUGCUUGGAGGCUGUGCAGGAGGCCAUGAAGAAGCAGCGUGCCUCCGAGGUGCUGAUGGAGACGCUGUGCCUGUCCGUACCCUACGACCCAGUCUUCGUCCUGGAGGUUCACAAGGAUGCGCUCAUAACCAGACUCAGGGCCAGCUUCUCCGUCCAAGUCAGAGACUUCAUCGAUCUCGUUGUCACCCGGUUGUCGGACCUCAACGGCCGGGGCGGGGCACAGAGACGCAGGGAGGGCGGAGAAGGACGUCAACGCCCUCGGGGAGCGGAAGGGUCUUGCAACAGGGAUUCGGCCCUUCCGGGGAGAGACUGCGGGGACCCCACCACCCGAGAGGUCGGCUUUUUCCUGCGGCAAUUCAAGCAAACCGAUAAAGUACCGGAGGCGUUGAGAUCCCUCAUUGUUUUCCAGCCGAAAUCCUGGGCGAGAAUACGCAAGGUCUUGCUUGCCCCGCCGGCAGAGCGCAUCGCUAUGCCAGAUGACAGUGGCAGGAUCCUGCCUCCGGACAGUGCCGUGGUGAAGGAGGCCAUAGGGAGCGGGGAGGGUGGCCUUCGCGUCGAGGUCUCUCUGAAAUACCGCCGGUUGCUCGUGCAGAAGCUGGCAAAGAGUUCACUCAUCACUGCCCAAGAGCACGAGUCCUUCAGAAACUCGUACGUUGAGUACCUGCAAAGCCAGCGACAUCAAGAUGAAGCGGAGAGCUCCGGAAUGGAAGCGGCCGCUACCGGGGUCGCUGGGCAGCUGUUGCUGCUUGAGUCGAAGCUCAACGAGCGUUGUUCGGCAAAGAUCGAUGAUGGGCACGACGGAUCCAGUGCAGUAGAGGAGCGUCUAGCUUUGUUGCUCCAGGAGUUUCUUCCUCGCGCGUUGGUCGUAGAGUUGUGUAUGGAAGAUGAAGGAGAAGCGGAGGGUCACAACCCUGAAUCGAGGCCUGGCCGCGCUUGGUUUUCGAGAGCGACGCAACUCCUCCGGCAGAUUCUCGAACAAUGGAAACGACAACGUUUCCCAGCUGCCGACCGGGAGGGCGAUUCGCCGGGUCUCGGCGCGUCACCGGAGGCGGUGGCAGAGGCAAUCCUGAACAGCGUCCACUGUUGCGUUGCCGCCGUUGGCGCAUCGCUGGUAAUCCCCACGAGCGGCAAACCAGGCUUAUCUAAACGACAGCAAGAUCUAGACAGAAACGUUGGGGCAGAAGGUGUUGUCCGGGAAGCUGGUGUGGGGAUGACAAACGAGGGGGGGGCAACCGGCGCCCUCGGCGUGCCUGUGGCGCAGGCGUUUCGGCGCAUCGGGGAAGUGGUCGGGGUAGCGGCGGGGUUGGACCAGUUAGGCGAGGCACUCGUUCGGCGGUGUUCUUCUCUGCUAGCGAAGCCAAACAGGCUGGACCCCAAGCAGCUUCUGUCGCUCACCCACAGCCUCGCUGGUCUGCCUGCAGCAUUUUAUCCGAAGGUGGAAGGGUUCUUGGCCAGUCUCGUUGCGAAGAUCUUUCUCUCCAGGUCCAACGCCUGUAGGAGUGGUCACGUAAAGUCCACGGUCAGGAGAACAGCCGGGUUCGCAGCGACGUGGCAAGUAGGGGCGCUCUACCUGCAAUCUUCCCUCUUGCUGCAUGAGCAUUUGUGGGAGAAGAGCACCGCAGACAUUAUCGGUGAAGACGCGACCGCGGGAGUCCCAGAGCGCCACAACGAUCGAGUCGGACGACGAUUAUCGGGUCCCGCUCGGGACGUCGGCGGUGGUGGUGGUGGACAUAUCGAGUGGGUGGGGCCAGCUCCCGUCGCCCUGCUUGAGUUGUGCUGGUGGAUGGAACGGCGUCUCUCGAUUGAACUCGGACGAAGUAACGGGUCCUGUCCCAGCGGUGAGACCGCAGGGCUUUUGCGGCUCCUUCAGAGUGUGAUGAAGCACCCGCUGAUGGAGCGAGCUUUGCAAUGCGCGUUGGGCGCACGGGGCUCCACACUGCCGACCCUAGAGCGCUUGAUUGCACUCGAGCUGGCGGCCGCAAGUGAGACGGAUUUCGUGGGACCUUCGACGAAGCUUGCGCUGUUGGAGAGCGUAACUCUGGGCCGACUCGUGGCGGAUGACCAAGCUGAUGACGCCGAAGGUUUGCCAAGCGACACCUUGGGAGCCGACGAGGCAGCGCUGGCAUCGCCUCGAAGAGGCCGAAAGGGCGCGGGCCGUAUAGCGGUGAAGGUGCUAGACGUAUGGAAGGAGUGCGCCGCGUGCUUGUUCGGAAACCCGAGCCUGCGCGAUGCCGCACACAGGAAGGUGUGUCUUGGUUCGACGGCAAGCGAGGUAGGGGACGUGCGCUGUGUCUCGAGAGAUCCAGGGGUCCGCACGUGGGAAUCCCACUCCCACGCGUCGUGGAGAAACACUGGCGACAACGGCGCACACGUUGUGGGGAAUCUGUGUAGUUUGGAAGCAACAGCUGGCUCGAUGCUUGCGGCGAGGCUCGAGCAGACGGGCGCUGCACGCGAGUCGAAGAAACGCAACCAGCGCGGCGCGUCCCUGCUCUUUUUGGAAGCCCUGGUCCUGCUUAACCGUCUCCGAGCCGACGCUGCUAGCCCAGCACUGGUCCUGGUUGCCGAGAUAGCGAUACCGGCGAUCGGUGCCACGGAAGGGCAGGGUAAAGCGAUCCAGUCUCUUCGUCUCCUUUGGGAAAAGUGGUUCAACCAGGUGCGACCCUUCGAGUACGGGGCGGUUCAGAAGUUGAUGCGCGUGGCGUUGAUGUGGUAUGGGGGUCGAAGCGACGCGAGCCAAGCGGCUGGUGUGGAGCACGAGGACUGCCCAGUCAAGCACAUGCUGGAGGAUCUUCCUAUUUUGGCUGCGGAGAUGGUGCGGCACUGGACCCGGUUGAGUCGCACCCUACAGCCGGUGAUCGGAUCUUCUCCUGCGCCGGCGGGCCCCUUCGCGCGUGAUGGAUGGGCUUUUCACCUCGGCAAUCUUGAACGCUUCGCGAAGACACUCGUUCUGGAUCUGGCAUCACCGACAGCAGAAGAGACCACCUCCGGGCCAGUGAUCAAGGAACAAACCGGCCGGAUUCCCCUGGGCCCAGUCAAGAACAGCGUUCAGGACAAGAGAAAGAGGGAGGAAGCACAUGCAGUGGACGCAGAUCAAGGCUUCACGGCGAAAGGCCACACGGGUGGGAAGGUACCAACUGCAUCUUUUCCUCGAGGUGGGCUCGGCACGGGGCUCUGCCAAGAUCAGCUUCGCGACGCAUCCGCCGCCCUGCCCCACACAUCGGCACAAGUUAUAGUCGGCGUUUUUCACGCUGCGGCAGAAAUUCGGCGGCGUGCGCAACCUCCCCGCGGAGCUCCGUCUUCUCCGUCGGUAGAGACCAAGCGGGCCAAAACUGCAAAGGGCACGCCACCGGGGCAUGAUUCAGCUGCGUACGAUGGGGGCACGCUCCUCGUCGAAGGAUUCGGUGUGUGUGGGAAAGCAAGUAACAGAGCCUGGGUUUCGCGUUUAUUGGAGCCGGUGUACGGGCCCGGUCUGGCGGAGCCUGCUGUCUCGUCACUUGGCGUGCUCCUCGGAACUCUGGUCACAGAGCUGGGAUCUAACCGAGCCCGUUCUGCUUGUGGCGUCAACGUGGAUUCUUUCGGCGGGGUGGACCGCACAGAUGCGUUCGAGUCACUCCUCGGGGUGUCUCUGGCGGUGGCCCUACUCGGUCAUGCGCCGCACCUCGUUGCUCGCCUGGCCGAACCGCCUUGUCUGACACCCUCUAGCUCCAACACUGGUCCUAUCGAAAGGCUAGGGAGAUCUCUGGCAGUGUUUGACAUCCUCAGGCUGCUGUUGGAACAAGUUCCGGGUACGCCUGGGGUGUGGCUGACUGUAGCGCUUUCUCACUAUACCGCGGCUGUGCUUAUUACCAUGUCAGAGAACGGACAAGCAGUCCGGGCUCUCAUGAAGGGGCGAGCUUGGUCGGAUAUGGUGAUGUUCGUGCAUUCUCGUGUGGGAGGUACUGAUACUGAGCAGUUGCGGCGGUUGCCAGUGGCGUUGCGACUGGCGGCUCAGGAGGUGGACCCGUUACUCAAGCAGUAUUUGUGA